AUGUCUUUCAAAGCUUUCUCAGAGCAGGACCUCUCCUGUCCUGUGUGCUGUGAAAUCUUCAGGGACCCUGUUAUUCUCAGCUGUAGUCACAGUGUGUGUGGAUCCUGUCUGGAGAAGUUCUGGGAGAGCAAAGGAUCCAAAGAAUGUCCGCUUUGCAAAAGAAAGUCUUCAAUGGAUCAUCCUCUUACAAACUUGGCUUUGAAAAACCUGUGCGAGGCUUUUGUUCAGAAGAAAAGUCCAAAAGCUUCAGAAGAGGAUGAGACACUCUGCGGUCUACACAGCAAGGAACUCACACUCUUCUGUCUGGAUGAUCAACAGCCUCUGUGCUUGGACUGUUCUAAGAUACACACCAACCACAGAUUCUGCGCCCUUCAGGAGAAAGCAGAUAACUUCAAGACUGAGCUUAGUGCUGCACUGAAGUCCCUAAAGGAGAAACAGAAGAUCUUUCAAGAUUGUAAACUGAACUGGGACAACACUGCAGAACAUAUACAGAAUCAGGCCCAGGACACAGAGAGGCAGAUUAAGGAGGAGUUUGAGAAGCUCCACCAGUUUCUACGAGACGAAGAGGCAGCCAGGAUAACAGCUCUCAGGAUGGAAGAACGGCAGAAGAGUCAGAUGAUGAAGGAGAAGAUUGAGAAGAUGAGCAGAGAGAUAGAAACACUUUCAGACACAAUCAGAGCCAUAGAAGAGGAGAUGGGAGCGGCGGACGUCUCAUUCAUAAGAAACUACAAGGCCACACUGGAAAGAGCCCAAUGUAAACUGCAGCAUCCAGAGAAGCCUUCAGUAGAACUGCUUCAUGUGGCGAAAUAUCUGAGUAACCUGAAGUACAAAGCCUGGAAGAAGAUGAAGGAGAUUGUUCAGUACUCUCCUGUAACUCUGGACCCCAACACGGCUCAUCCUAUACUCAUUCUGUCUGACGAACUGACCACUGUGAGACUUGGGAAUGAGAGACAGCAGCUUCUAGAUAAUCCAGAGAGAUUUGAUCAUCAGCGUUUUGUCCUGGGAUCGGUGGGCUUUAACUCGGGGGUACACUCCUGGGAUGUUGAAGUGGGAGACAGUAAAUUCUGGGGUCUGGGUGUGAUCAUAGAGUCUGCUAGUAGGAAAGCAAACGUGGACUCCAGGGGUGGAAUGUGGGGGAUGUUGUUUUAUAACAGUGUAUAUGCAGCAGGGUCUUUAAUAGGAAAACGCACCCCCCUCCCAAUACAACACAAAGUCCAGAAGAUCACAGUGAAGCUGGACUGGAACAAAGGAAAACUGUCCUUCACUGACUCUCUCACUAACACACACUUAUACACUGUGAAACAAAGAUUCAUCGAGAAAGUCUUUCCAUUGUUCUAUGUUGAUGAAGACGAUGCUGUUCUUAAAAUAUUACCAAAGUCUAAUCUGUAA